CGUUCCAACCGUUAUACUGGCAAGGUGUGUCCAAAAAUGAGUGGUCAAAAUAAUCAUGAUUCAAACGCGGAAUCUUACUGGAACUUCAAAGGUCACUUUGACUUCGUGGACCAAUGGUUCUUAAUGGGAUCCCCUAUUCCCAUAAUAGUAAUAUUGACGGCAUAUCUUGCCUUUGUCCUCAAAUUGGGACCAGAUUUUAUGAAAAAAAGGAAAGCUUACAAGUUGACAAACAUCUUGUUGGUGUAUAACUUAGCAGAAAUUAUUUUUGCAGCAUACUUAUUUAAUUUGUGUAUAAAAAUACUAGUGCCGCUUGGGAUGCUCCGGAAGACUUGCACUAUGGACACUGAAGAAUCGAAAUACCAAGUAACCUCAACAAAUUAUUGGUACUUCAUCUGUAAACUCACAGAACUCCUCGACACUGUGUUCUUCGUGUUACGAAAGAAACGAAAUCAAAUCAGUUUCCUACAUGUGUAUCACCAUACCCUACUUGGGUUGUGUUCUUGGUUGUUCCUGAAAUAUGAACCUGGUUAUACCCUCCUCUUCAUAGGAACGCUCAAUUCUUUUGUCCACAUAAUUAUGUACACUUACUAUGCCCUCUCUGCGUUUCCUGGUAUGGCCAAAUAUUUGUGGUGGAAGAAGUACAUCACUAUACUGCAGUUGACGCAAUUCAUCCUAGUGUUAAUUGAAUUCGUGGCAAACAUAGUAAUAUCAAAAUGCAAGCCAUCCACAGUGAUGACAGUGUUAAUACUACCCAAUUUGGCUUUAUUCAUACAUUUAUUCCUCAAAUUUUAUAUGAAGACUUACACUGAUGCUCAAAGUAAACAAGAAACAAAAGCGAAAAAUGUAUAUAUUACAAAUGUUUCCGGCGACUUUAACGGUGAAACUGUCAAAGGAAGAAGUAAGAAUACAGAUAAUAUGAAGAAGAAAACAUAUUAUAACGAUACUAAUCAAGCAAAUAAGAGAUACAUAUACAAACAUCGUCCUAUAGGCGAAGGAUUUCAGACACGAUAAUCAAACAUAUUUCAUAGGAGCUCAAGUAAAGUUAAUAUAGCUGUAAUAAUAAAUAUAUUAUUGCAUAA